UAAAGACUUCUGGGCUCCAAGCAGACUUCAGACCUGAAAGGGGGAGAUGGGUUUUCUCAUGGCAGUGUGAGAUCACUCCUCACUUCUAUUUCUUGACUCAUUAGCCCAAAUGACAGGAAUCGUUCAGUGUAGGAUGUGCCACUUGCAGUUUCCAGGAGAGAAGUGUUCCAGAGGCAGAGGAAUAUGCAUUGUAACAAGUGAAGAGUCUUGCACAACUGGCAGGAUUUCCAAGAAAGACGGUACUCCAUGGUUAAUGUUCAUGGGCUGCCUGAAGAGCUGUGCUAAUGUGGGCAAAAUAAAAUGGAGUGUCUACUUGGUGGAGUUCAGGUGCUGCCGGGGCUAUGACUUCUGCAAUGAAUACCUAUAGAGAUUGCCUGUCCUUCAGUAGCUCCAAUCUCUGGAUGAUAUUGUUGCCUCCGCCUCCUUGCAAUGAUUUCUUAAAAAGCCACAUUUCAGGUUGCAAACACAUGGUUCUGCCUUCUGCGUGUGUAA